UUUAAAAGUACCGUGCUGGAGAGAGUGUCAGGCAGGGAGGAGAGUAAAUGGGAAAACAGGAUCGGAAAGGACUCCUUACAUCACAGAAUUUGUAUAUUUACUGCUGUAAGCAAGCACACUGCAUGAAUUACUCUCUUUCUUCCAGUUCUGUAGUCCCAAGCUAUUUAAAACUAGUCGAGCUAUUUUCCUCUUGUCUACUUGUUCAGGAAAAUGUCUUCCAGUAUGGACUUGCUCAGGAGAGUGUCUCGGAGGACGGUUGUGUUCAAGAGUGACACAGUUCUGAUUUGUGGCCUAUUUGCAGUUGGUCUGCCUCUUUUUCUUGUACUGAAAGUAUCCUUAAGUAGCUCUUCAUGAAUUCUUUCCUCUUUCUUUGGAAGGCUGCAUGUAUCUUUUCUUGAGGCAUGUUACAACUGUACUGCUAGUCAUUGUUUGAAUGACACAUCCACUUCUUGCUGUCUCCAAGCAGUCCCAUACCAGAAAUUUGUAUAAAGCCUUAAAUGUUGAAAUUUUGUAUUUCAUGCAGUUUCAGUUUUGCUGGUGUUUAAACAUCUGAAUGUAUUUUUUUAUGACAUAAUGAUCUUGGUGUACUUUUUAUUCCCAGCUUUAUGUCAUCAUUUAUGUUUUUAGCUCCUUCUUUUUGUGUCAAAUUCAUUACAGUUUUAAAAAAAAAAUCAAGUUGUAUAUUUCAAGAAUAUGACGGAUAAUCUCAAGGCUAAGAAUUUCCUGUUCAAGACAACUUGUUUUCUCCCUCAGUGGUUUCUAUAAUAAGCUUGCAAUGAUUGGACCAUUUCCCAUCUUGUUUGACUUAACUAAUAGUGACAUGCUAUCUAAGUCCAUUUACCUGCUUUAGUUUUCCUUGUCUAGAAGAUUAUCCAUCUUAGAUUUUGUAGCUUCUCUGAGCUGAAGAACUAGUAUAGUUGGGUAUCUUACAGAUUCCUGCAAACACACUUCCAACAAGAAUACUCUCAACUUUCCCAUGGUCUUUUCUGACUACCUCUGCUGGUAAGAGGCAGGCUGUAUCUGAAGCUACAGAUGUGCUGAAUGGCCAAGUGUUUCUUGUCAAAAAGAAUAAUGAUAGUAUAACAAGUGAUUUUUGCCUUUCUUUCCCUUAGUAGGGACAGGGAUAUAGCCCUGUGUUUUUCCCCUGCGUUUUUUCACAAGAUGUGCAAGAGGUUGCUGGGCUCAGUUGUUUUUGGGACCUCAUCUGUGUCAAAGUUUGUUGAAACUGGACAAGUUCAGAAAUUAAGGGAAAUGAUUUUGUCAAGUUUUCUUCAUUUCUCUCUAUUAUCCAGCUUCAUUUCCGCAGAAAGCCGUGCUUAAAUAUCAGGGUAGUUCGAUAUGAUCUAGCUUUGACACAGCUCCGAAAACAGCUAAUCCAUGAACUGAUGCACCCAAUUUUAAGUGGAGAACUUCAGCCACAGACUGUUACAAGUGAUGACAGUUCACUUUUGAUCACGGCUUCCAACAGUUUGGUGGUAGAUCAUCUGCAGAGAUGUGGCUAUGAGUAUUCGCUUUCUGUCUUCUUUCCAGAAAGUGGAUUAGAGAAGAAGAAGCUGUUGUCUGUGCAAGAUCUUCUUCAAUUAAUGAGAGUCAAUCCGAAAUCCAAUUUUUACAAAUCACUGGCUUUGGGAACUCAGAAAGAAAAUAAAGGUUUUCUCAUGCAGAUUUUGAUGGGACUUACAGAGCAUCAUCUAAGUAAGGAAAGUCGUGACACAGAAACUCAGACAACCUCAACACCUCCUUACAGAGACUCUCUUGCUGAGAAGCUUCAGCUGAUUGAUGAGCAGUUUGCAGGCUCCUAUCCCCAGCAUUAUAAGUAUGAAUCUUUAGAAGCAAAACUUCAUGAAUAUAGGAAAGAAAUAGAGAAGCAGCUUCAAGCAGAAAUGGCUCAAGAGCUAGAACAUUUUAAAGAAGUUGAAAUAGCAAAGAUUAAAAUGGAGGAGAAAGCGCAAACCCAGAAAGAAAUCUCUGAGCUACGGUAUGAGUUAGAAAGAACACAUCAAGCAAAGGCUGAAGCCUUGAUUUCUCGUGAAAAGAAUGCUAUUGAGAGGCUUCAGAAACAACAGGAGAUAGAAGCAAAGGAAGUGUAUGCUCAGAGACAGAGUCUGCUGAAAGAUAUCGAAGUCAUGAGGACAAGAGAGGCAGAACUGAAGCAAAGAAUCGAGGCAUUUGAAAUCACUCAGAAACUUCAGGAAGAGAAAAAUAAAACUAUUGAUGAUGCACUUCGACGUCGGGAGGUUGCUGUGAAGAACAUAGAGGAGUCUUAUGACCAGAAGCUUAAGACUGAACUUCUAAAAUAUCAGCUUGAAUUAAGAGAAGAAUACAUAUCCAGAACUAAUCAAGUUUCUGAAGAUGAGAAAAAAAAUAAAGAGAAGGCUAUGCUUUUGCAUGAAGAAGCCGUUGCUAUUAAUUCAAAAAAGGAGGAACUCAAGCAAGCUGUAUCGCGCACAAAAGAGCUUGAGCUGGAUUUGGAGUCAGUGAAAGCUCAGGUUCUGUUGGUAAAUAAACAGAAUCAGCUGUUGACAGAAAAACUGAAAGAGGUGUCAGACUAUCCUUUGCUAAAGGAGGAGAAACUGGAGCUCCAAGUGCAGAAUAAACUACUUAGGCAACAGCUGGAUGAGACUCGCAGUGAGAACCAGCAUCUUCGAGACAAAUUGUCCCAGCCCUCAGUGGAGCACCUGGCCUGCCAGGCAGAGCUGAGGAGGGUAGAACGUUCCAGGAGGCUGGCACUAGAUGAAUUUGAAAGUGAUAAGCAGUUUUUGCAAAAGCAGCUACAAAGUGAGGUUGAGCGUGCUGCCCAGUUAAAGACCCAACUGUUGGACUCUGAAGCUACUGUAAGGAAGUUAAAUGUGCAGGUUGAGGAACUGAAACUACAGUUGAAACAAACACAGGCAGCUCUGGAAAAUGAAGUGUAUCGGAACCCCAAGCCUUCGCUUGUCGAUCGUUCUGUCAUUGACUUCAUUGAUGAUAGAAUUGUACCUCAUGAUAUCUAUGUGGACAGCACAUUCCUGAAGAAUCCCGUUGUGAGUGAUGUCGUGAAGGGAAAUGCUGUGCCAAGAGUUGGCUACCGUCAGCAGUUACAGACGCGCAGUGCUUCUCCAGAUUCUGACCUGGAGUGUAUGGCGCAAACCCGGGCUAGAAUAAAAGAACUAGAAAAAGAGGCAGAGUAUUUGGAAGAAGCCUACAGAAACUACCAACACAGAGUAAUGCAGGAUACAGCUGCAAGCAGAACACCGAGAAAGAUGCAGUCCCCUUUACUUCUACAGUGUGCUGUCGGUAGAGCCCCCUUGACUACACAGCAUGAACUUUUAGAGGAUAAUCCUAGCUCCCAGCAUUCCCCUGUGAGCAGUCCGAGAGGUGAAAAAUACAUUGGAAGAUCUGGGCAGCCUGAUGGCUUUAAAAAUCCUUCAACGCCACCACACAGAGGAACACCUUCUUCAAGAUGCCUUUCUUCUACUCCUGUUUCCAAAUUGGAAAGAGUUCUUAGUAAUAAAAAACUUUCAGAUGACAUCAGUGACUUGUACCUUGCCUCUUCCCAGCAGAGUGUUGACCAGGUGCUUUCUCCUAUUUCAAAGCCACACGUCCUUUCAUGUUCUGAGUCUGUUUCUUCCUCACCAUCCAGUCACAGAGAGAAAAUCAGACUUCAGAAUCAACAAAUAGAUAACCAAGAUUUGAGCAGUAACCCCAAACCAGAGAAACUACUAUACGAGGACCUUGAAGAACACGUUUCUUCUCUUGAAUAUCAGGGGGACAUUCCAGAGCAGUGUGAAAGUGAUGUCUUGCAUCCAUCUGGGGACAUUGUCAAUGAAAACCAUGUCGCAACCACUAUGCAAGCAACAGCCACUUCGCUGCAGGACUUAACUGUGUUGGAUCAAAGACAGAUUGAAGAACAAAAUAAAGAAGACAAAAACUGUGAAGAGGAAAGGAGAAACAGAGAAGAAAGGAGAGAGAAAGAACAACAGGAAGCUUUGGAGAGAGAGCAAAACGAAGUGGAACAGCUGAAGAAAGAGACGUGGAUCCAAGAUUCGAUGAAAAUAGAUGAAGAAAAAGAAGAUAAAGAGGGAGAAAAAUUUGAAAAUGGUAAUUCUGCUGCUGAAGAUAUUGUAAAGGAUUCUACUCCAAAUCCAUUAGAAAAAUACAUGAAAAUAAUUCAGCAGAGAAGAGAGCAGGAACUGGCACACCAGGUGUCCUAAAGUACAGAAGCAAUUAUUAGAGUCACUUAAACCUUGACUUAAGAACCAGUUACGGAAAGUGUAUUUUCCUCUUGACUGCCAG